ACUCAUUCGUAAAUACCAAAUUAGCGUCAGUGCGCGAGUCUGAUCUGAUCUCCGCUGCUGUGAUUCCCUGACGCCGAGAUUUGCACUGUUGCACUAUUAGACAUUGUGCUUCCUCUCUGUUCUCUGAGUUUCCCUCCCUGCCUACGAAGUCUCCAUGGGAAGAGUGUGCCAUGGCAGCGACGAUCUCCACCUCCAUAAACAUUAAAGAGCCGCGCUGGGAUCAGGGAACAUUCGUGGGUCGAGCCAAGCAUUUCUUCACCGUCACAGACCCCAGAAACAUCCUGCUGUCCAACAAACAACUAGAAAAAGCACAUCAGAUUAUUCAGGAUUACAAGAAAGGCGUGGUAGCAGCAGAUCUCACAGAGGAUGAAUUAUGGAGGGCGAAAUAUGUUUUUGACUCCGCCUUCCAUCCAGACACAGGAGAGAAAAUGCUGCUGAUUGGUCGCAUGUCAGCUCAGGUGCCCAUGAACAUGACCAUCACUGGAUGCAUGAUGACCUUCUACAGAACGACUCCAGCGGUUCUGUUUUGGCAGUGGAUCAAUCAGUCCUUCAAUGCAAUAGUCAACUACACCAACAGGAGCGGAGACGCACCAAUCACAGUCAACCAGCUUGGGACAGCGUAUGUAUCAGCCACCACUGGCGCAGUGGCUACCGCUUUAGGACUGAAUGCACUAGCAAAGCAUGUGUCUCCACUCAUAGGACGCUUCGUCCCGUUCGCUGCUGUCGCUGCUGCUAACUGUAUUAAUAUUCCACUCAUGAGACAACGGGAACUCAAACAUGGUAUUCCAGUAACGGAUGAGAAUGACAAUCGAUUAGGAGAAUCUUCAAAGGCAGCUCAACAGGCCAUCACACAAGUGGUGGUGUCCCGAAUCCUCAUGGCUUCUCCGGGAAUGGCCAUUCCUCCAUUUUUAAUGAACUCUUUGGAAAAGAAAGCUUUCCUGAAGAGGUUUCCAUGGAUGAGUGCACCCAUUCAAGUUGGCUUGGUUGGGUUUUGCCUGGUGUUCGCAACCCCGCUGUGCUGUGCGUUAUUCCCACAAAAGAGCUCUAUGGCAGUGAGCCGCCUGGAGCCGGAGUUGCAAGAGAAGAUUCGAGCCAGUCAUCCUGGAGUAGAGACGGUUUAUUUCAACAAAGGACUGUAGAAACAAACCCCGGUGAACCUGCUUACUGCUGUAAAAGUUUCACGUACCAUCUAAAAACAUCUCUUUGUGUGCCAAAGUUCACCCGUUCCUCUCCAGGACAUCCCGACUCAGUCAUUUUGUAAGAGAUUUUUUUAAUUUUAUUUCCGUUUUAAUUGUUUUUAAGCUGAUUAUUGUUGUUGCCGAUCUGUGUCUUUUGUCUGACGUGUAUGACGGUGCUCUCUGCUGUUUAUAUGUACACGCUCUAGAAAAUGCUGGGUUGCUGUAACUCUUGAUACCUUUUAGAAAUAUUAACCAUCUCUGAUACCGUGAGGGGAAAAGUAAUCCCAAAACAUUAAGAGCUUACAGUUUUGAUUUGAUUCAUUUCAAGUAGUAUAACCCACUCUUUCAAACGCAUUUGGAAACACAAAUGGAUUUCAUCAUAAUCAAUAAAACAUCUUCAUAUCUGUGUAAACUCACAAAUAACUAUUGAUUUUAAUUAGUUGGAAAUGGAGCAGGAUGAAGCACAAGGUUAUCCGCUUGUUAAGUCAUGACAUGAAAUACUGUUUCCGGCUCCAAGCUGCUACUCAUUUUGAUAUUCGUUUAUGACCACUUUUUAGACAUAUCACACAUUAAAGUGAAUUUUAUAUAAAAUCAUGAAGUACACAACAGUCUUUGGACUUCUGCAUUACAGGCACCAAUAUUUUAACAAUUUCUAAAAAUAUUUAAAAAAACACUUUCUGCCAAUCGGGUAUUAGGUAUGGAUGGAGACAGACAGACAGACAGACAGACAGACAGACAGACAGACAGACAGACAGACAGACAGACAGACAGACAGACAGACAGACACACACACACACACACACACACA